AUGGUUGUUGUAGCACUUACAGCUGCGUUUGCAGCCGUUAUUAUUGGCUAUGAUGCUGGAUUUGUUGGAGGUACAGUUGCUUUGGAGUCUUUCCAGGACGAGUUCAACAUGCCCAGCAUGACUGCGAAAGAAAGGUCCAAUAUAAGUGCGAAUGUAGUCUCUGUAUUUCAAGCUGGUGCCUUCUGGGGUGCCAUUUUUUUCUACCCUAUCGGAGAGCUCCUUGGUCGUAAGAUUGGAUUGUGUUUGUCUGGGUUCUUUUUGACUUUUGGUGCAGCCAUUUCACUCUACUCCAAGAGCUCGACUGGUUUGGGUGCAAUUUACGCAGGUAGAGUCUUGACAGGCAUUGGAAUUGGUGGAUGUUCCGGUUUAGCGCCUAUCUACAUUAGUGAAAGUUCUCCAGCAUUGAUUAGAGGAAAAUUGGUAGGAAUGUGGGAAAUGUCGUGGCAAGUAGGUGGAGUCGUAGGCUACUGGAUCAAUUAUGGAGUGUUACAAAACAUCCCUGAUUCCAGAAAACAAUGGCUAAUUCCUUUUGCCAUACAGUUGGUUCCUUCAGGUAUGUUUUGGGCCGGAUCUUUCUUGAUUCCCGAGUCACCUCGUUAUUUGGUUCACAGGGGACAAAUGGAGCAGGCAAGAAAGAACCUUUCUUUCCUUAGAAAUCUCCCUGUAGAUCACCCUUAUUCCAUACACGAAAUGGAAAACAUAGUCAAGGAUAUCAACGACAAAAAGGCCAAGCUCGGGAGCGAUGGAUUCUUUGCUCCAUUCAAGAAGGUUUUGAGUUCCAAGAAAAUUCUCUACCGUUUGCUUUUGACGACCUCCCUUUUCCCCAUGCAAAAUGGGUCUGGUAUCAAUGCCAUAACGUAUUACUCUCCAACUGUAUUCAAAUCUUUUGGUAUCGACGCAACCAAAGCUGGUUUGCAAUCUACAGGGGUCUUUGGCUUGCUUAAGGCUUUUGCUUCUUUGGUCUGGUUAUUCCUUGUCGUCGACAGAUUCGGCAGAAAGACGGCCCUUGUGUGGGGAUCUGUUCCGUGCUCUCUUUGUAUGUGGUAUAUUGGUGCUUAUGUUAAAAUUGCCAACCCUUCGCAGAGAGUGGCCAAUGGUAACACUACCCAAGAUGCUGGUGGAAAGGCAGCUCAAGCCAUGUUGUACAUCUGGACGUUGUUUUACGGAGCUUCUUGGAACGGUACUCCCUGGGUGUUCAACUCAGAAGUAUUUUCCCAGGAAGUGAGAACUUUGACUCAAGCUAUCAAUGCUUCUGCUAACUGGUUCUGGGCCUUCGUUAUGGGCAGAUGGUCAGGCCAAGCAUUGGAUGCAAUUGGAUACAAAUUCUACUUCAUUUUUGCUACAUGUAUGAUAGUAUUCCCUGUUGUAAUUCUCUUGUUGUAUCCUGAGACUAAGGAGGUUCCAUUGGAAGCCAUUGACUACUUGUUUGAAGUUCCCGCUUGGAGAGCAAGAAAGCAUGCCAUGGAGCAAUACAGAAUCGAAUACGAAAAUGGUGCCAAGGUAAACGAGAUGUUUGCCAUUGAUUCGGAUUCUUCAGAAAAGGAGCGGGGGCGUUCUCGAGAAGAAUCAAAUGAGUAG